AUGGCUCCUUCUCCCGCCGGUAGUCUCUACGACCUUUCCGACGACGAGGAGGCCGACUAUAACACGAUCGCCGAAGCGACCUCAGGCAAGGGCGUCAAAUUGCUCUUCUCCAAGAGCAAGGUCUACAAGCCUGCACCGACCGAGGGCCGCCCGAGCACCGGCUCGAGCGACAAGAAGGCAAAGAAUGCAGCCAGCUACUUCCUAGCCUGGGUGCCCGAGUCGACGUUGGCCCAAGAUGAUCUCAACACAUAUGUCAAGGUUGACUUGAAGGAGACCGACUCGCCGCCCAGAAGAGCCUCACUCGUCCCGCCGAUACCCCUCGCCACCUUCGAUAGCGCCUCUGUUGGCCCAUACGCGUUCUCCAUACCAUUGUCCAGCGUCUAUUCUGUUCUUGUAAGACCACCGAGUUUGGGGUGGUGGUUUGGAAGCAUUGUCAUCAACACAAAAUCUGGCUCGAGCCUUCCUGCCCUAUUCUUCCACGACUCGGAGUGCGAGAGCACAAUACUACAGAAGAGAAAGCGAGCGAGAGAGUCUUUCGACCCCUUUGGCGAGGGCGGAGACCUGUUCUGGGGUGGCGAUGAGGUUGUCAGAUGGCUGAAGCGCUAUGUCGAGGUUGAGCGUAGCACGGCCGAGCCAUCAGUCUACUUGAUCGAUCCAACAGAGGAAGACAGACUCGGGUUUGGUCAGGGGCGGAAGUCAUUCGAGGCAACAGACCAGCCCAAAAAGGACGCUGAUAAGUCGAAGCAGAAACAGCAGGGCAUGCAGAUGGAUCCGAUUACCAAGACACUGAAAGAAACUAGAUGGAAGAUAUUGGAGCAACUAUCCAAGGUCACAACCUUUACGCGAAGAACAGCGGAGGACCUUGCCAACAACAAAAAUGUGCCGCCACAAGUCCGGCGUUUGAUCCAGAACCCAGAAGUCCAGACUAUUCAAGACGAGUUCGACAGUGCUCGCCUGUAUCUGGCUCGAUGGGCGAUGGGCAUAGCCGAGCAGAGCGAGAAAGAAAAGAACCAAAGAAUAUGGACAGCAAAAGACGUCCUGGAGCUCGAGGAAAGUAGUGUUGGAGAUUUCGAGAUCCUCGACAUGGAAGUGGGCAAGAUGUCGCUAUCAGAGGGCAAGCGGAAGCCAGUUGAUAUGAAGGAAUGGAACUCAUUCUUCGAUUCCGUGGGCCGCCUGCACGUCACGCCUGACGAAGUCAAGGAACGCAUAUUCCACGGAGGACUAGAUCCCGAAGACGGCGUUCGUAAGGAAGCCUGGCUGUAUCUCCUGGGCGUGUACGACUGGAACAGCACGAAAGAUGAGCGACAUGCCUUCAUGAACUCGAAGCGCGAUGAAUACAUUCAGCUCAAGGGCGCAUGGUGGGAUCGCAUGAUCGAAGGCCAUCCAACGCCUGAGCAAGAAGAGUGGUGGAAGGAGCAGAAGAACCGCAUCGAGAAAGACGUACAUCGAACUGAUCGCCAUAUCCCACUGUUUGCCGGCGAAGACAUUCCACAUCCAGAUCCAUCCUCGCCAUUCCACAAUCCCGACGGCCCAGGCACGAAUGUGCACAUGGAGCAACUCAAGGACAUGCUCCUAACCUACCUCGAAUACGACACGCCGCCAUCCGAUAAUCCCAACAUCUACAAGUCAUCAAAUCCACAUCCACAGAACCUCGGAUACGUGCAAGGCAUGUCCGACCUCCUUUCACCUCUAUACGCCGUCUUCCAAGACGACGCAGUCGCCUUCUGGGCAUUUGUACAAUUCAUGCAGCGCAUGUCAAGAAACUUCGUUCGCUCUCAACAGGGCAUGCGCGCCCAACUCUCCACACUCGACCAACUCGUGCAGCUUCUGGACCCCAAGCUGUAUCUGCACCUUCAAUCAGCCGACUCAACAAAUUUCUUCUUCUUCUUUAGAAUGCUUCUAGUAUGGUACAAACGCGAAUUCGACUGGCCAGAUGUGCUCCGACUCUGGGAGGCUCUCUGGACAGACUACAUGUCGUCGCAAUUCCAUCUCUUCAUCGCAAUGGCGAUCCUCGAGAAACAUCGGACUGUGAUCAUGGAGCAUCUGCAGCAUUUCGACGAGGUGCUGAAGUAUAUCAACGAGCUCAGUGGGACGAUUGAGCUCAAGGAGACACUGAUUCGGGCAGAAGGGCUGUUCAAGCGGUUCGAACGGACGGUCGGCGUGGUUGAUCGCCAGACUUCGUUGCCAGCGCCUAACGAGGGGCUGAGAAACCGCAAGGGGAAGGCUAUGGAGGAGGACUUGGCGACGGAGGCUGAGAUUGGACGAUUGAAGGACAGACAUGAUACGGCACCGGCACAGAGCAAACCUGGUCCGUCAACAUCAACAAGCAAGUCUCCGUCGAAGGAGGAAGAGGACAAGAAAGUCAUCACUCAACAGCUUCGCCAGCUGAUGGAGCGGAAGGUGUUCUGGUAUCCAGAGUAG